AUGAAGGGGAAGGAGACGGAGGGGAGUAUGAAUGUGCGGCGACUCAUUGAGGCUGUGACGGAGAGAGUGGGUAAAAGUUUAAUACUGGUGGUGGUGAUAUCUUCCGCAGAGCCUCCAGCAAUGUGUGUAAUACCCCCUCCCCCAAAACCCCCUGAAGAGUACCACAUAGUCACCGGGUUGGGCAUGUUGGCACACUUACAAACUAACAAACACAUCCUUGGUAAGACGAGUGAGUCCCUCUCCGUCAACCGUAGGUGGAGCGUUGGCUGGCGUGGCGUGGACGGCUUUACCUUUCAUUCCCCCUUGAAGCUGCAGAUGAAGGCGUCCACCGGAUACAAGAGUACAAGUGCUGCAGUGCGGGUAGUUGAGGGUUAUAUGAACAAUCAGAGACUGGAACACUACCAAGUCCCAGCUGUUGGAUCCAUACGACCGGUGGAUGGAUGUGAAGUGGGAAGCUUAACCAUGAAAAAACGGCUUGUUUUCUUGAGUUUCCUUGUCUUCGCUGUAGUGAUGCUUUAUUGGUUGUCUUCAACGAUGCUGGUCAUAUCACCUCUCACACACUGGGUCCGUGAUCAGAGAUAUCAAGUGCGCAAACCCGGCUGUAUAAUUCCUGCACUGCAUCCAUACGACGAGUCCAUCGUGAAAUUUAUCAAACAUUUACCAGAUUUACGCUGUGACAAGGGUCAUGUGUCAUUCACCUUCCAAGACGGAAGAUGGCUAAGAGUCAACAAAUCACUCGACUUUUCGUACAACAUCAGCUAUUGUUCGUUCUCCGUCCUCAAGCGAAGACCAAACUCUGACAACGGUUUCAUUAUCUCCAAACCUGUUAAAUUUGAAAAGGAUUUCAAAGUAUCAGAUGACUUUUUGUCGGUAAGCUGUUACAAUCAGACAAAUAAGGAAAUUUAUAAAAAUUGUUACGCGUUUGCUGUCCCCAAGAACGUUUCUGAAGAAAACCGCACCGUGGUGUCAGCACCGGAGAUCGAUUCCCAACCACCGCCAAACGUCCUAUUAGUGGGGGUGGACUCCAUGUCAAGGCUCAAUAUGAUUAGACAACUGAACAAAACUUAUCACUUUUUGACCGAGACGCUCGGGAGUGUUGAAUUCCAUGGCUACAACAAAGUCGCCGAUAACACGUUUGUCAACGUGGUGCCUCUACUUACUGGCAAGUUUGUGCAUGAAGUACCGUCAAGUGGAAAGAAAAUACAUGUGGAGAAAUAUGAAUACAUGUGGAAGGAAUUCUCCAAAGCCGGAUACCUUACACUUUUGGCUGAAGACCACCCACAAAUUGCCACGUUUAACUACCUUAAGCCCGGUUUUCCUAAACAGCCCACUGAUUACUAUCUAAGACCUUUCAGUUUAGCCAUGAGCCAAAAUGGCGAUCUGUGGAAUAAGUAUGGGUGUUUCGCGGGCCGCGCAGAGACAGGCAUAGUCCUGAGCUAUCUGUCCGAUGUUCUUGACUUAAAACAGGACAAUUCCCUCUUUGCUUAUACCUUUCUAACCAGAAUGAGUCAUAAUCAUGUCAAUCAUGUCGGUAGGGUUGAUUAUAUUUAUCUGGAGUUCUUCCAAAACCUGAAACGCAAAGGUAUUUUGAACAAUACCAUUUUGUUUUUCUUCGGCGAUCACGGAAUGCGCUGGGGUGCCUUACGUAAUACUUAUGUUGGAAAGAUGGAAGAACGGCUGCCGAUGCUGCUGUUAUAUUUACCUCCUUGGUUCAAGUCCAGAUACCCCCAGGUAACAAACAACGUACAUAUCAAUGCUCAUAGACUUACUACUCCCUUUGAUAUUUAUUAUACUCUGAAGGACAUAGCCUCAAGGAGGUUUGAUGGCGCUUCGGACCUCCAGGAGGGUCGACGGGGGUUCAGUUUGUUCAGAAAGGUUCCAAUAAGUAGGACGUGCGAGGAGGCAGAGAUUGCUCCUCACUGGUGCACCUGUCAGUCACAGGUGGAAGUCCACGCCCAGGACAAAACUGUCAUUGCUGCAGCCAAGUGGUGUAUAGAACACUUGAACCGUAUCACCAAUAGCACUAAGUGCGCGGUUCUACAUUUAAAGGCCGUCAACAGAGCCUGGCGAUUUUCAGUCAGUUCUUAUCUGAAAAACAAAGAGAAUAAAACAUUGACUCAUUAUCAGAUCAUGUUCUCAUCUGUGCCCGGUGAUGGGUUAUUCGAAGCAACAGUUCGCCAAGUUGAAUCCAAAGACAUUUUUAAAUUGACAGGGGAGAUGAGCCGUAUUAACAAGUACGGGCAGCAAUCAUAUUGUAUCAACAACGCAAAUCUGAAAAAGUUUUGUUAUUGCAGAGAGCCUCUCCAGUAA